AUGGAAGAACAAUAUCGUCCUCAGCGUAAACUUUCAAGAACAUCACCUGCAAAAGAGACUUCUGGAAGGUCUUUAUGGCAUAGAAAGUCCACAAAGAAGACCACCGCAGCACCAAAUGCACCGGCUGGACCACCCCCACUCAAGCACCUUCACCUACAAUCAUCUCAAUCUCUAGUCUCUAUGGACUCAAAGCUGGCAAACGACACUUCAGACGAAGACCACGAUUUUCCUACUUUCAUCUCUCGCUCGAUAAUACCAGAUCCUUUAGGUGAACUACCAGCUUGGUUCAAGAAAGAGAACGACAUGGCAGCUGCAAACCUCUCAUCUUACAGGAUAAAAUAUCCUUUGCAUAACCCAGUCGGUCCCAAGUGGUACAAGAAUUGCCACCUUAUUCCCCCUGCUCAGCUCAAUCCUGGUAAUCGUCCUCCGUCCGUCUUCUCUCCUUCCUUUCCACCGAUGGCUUCCUCUCUCAACGACCGUUCAGAGGACUCUAUUCGCUUGCCUGGCCCAAGCCGCACUCCCUCAGGCACUUCUCUCCAAACUCCUUCUUCCUCUCAAAUUCGCAUCCCAGAAUCAGGCGGUAAACCUCGCAGCAGAAAAACCUCACAGGAUAACGCUGACUUGCUCGACGCCUCUGACCCCUGGGGUACUCACUGGCAUCAUCAGUCCCCAUACGACACAGGCACAAAUAUCAGUCCAGUCUCAGUUGACCCCUCCGAGGCAAGUGUCUUCUUCCAUUUACUCUCGUAA